AUGACUCAACUCUUCACGUCGAACAACACGCCUGCGGUGGGCUCUGAGAAGCGCGGCAACUUUCCGGGCAUCUCUCUCGCCUCCAGGAAACAUUCGGGCGACUCGAACAGCAGCCACCUGCCUGCGAGGAUCAAGAACUUUUUUCGAAUCAACAGUAACGGCUCCCACGGUAGCAAUCAGAAUAGCAAUGACCGCGAUCGGGAAGGGGGCCAGUUGCCGGCUCUGAAGAUCGAGCCAAAGGAGUCCAAAUCCACCUUCAAACAGUCUCGUUUCCUGCCUACAAUCGGCCGUAAUCGCUCCGCCACGGUUGCCAGCGAAGGAAACCCGCUCGAUGACGGCCUCUCACCUACCGCUAAUGCCAACCCAUACUUUGCUCACCAGGGCCAGCCAGCCCUGCGCCAUCGCAACGAAGGCUCCGUACCCUCCUCUCCGCCAGACACCCCCGAGCUUCAGGUCGAGGGAAUCUCUCCUGAGGACCAGGCGACAACUGCAGGAAAGGAGGAACUGGCGCGGAAGCUGCGUCGAGUCGCAUCGGCGCCGAACGCCCAGGGGCUCUUUUCCGGAAACAAGGCCGAUGAGCGACCUAACACGGCGGAGCUUGGAAAGGAACCCUUAAUAGAACAUCCGGGAGACAGUCCUAAACUCAGCCUCGUCGAUCAGUCGGGAGAAUCGAGCCCGUCUUUGCCUGUGCCCAAACUUGGCCCAGAUAGCAAGCUGCCUUCCCCUGGCCAGAUCAGAAACUCAGUUGCCUUUAGACGGACCUAUAGCUCGAAUUCGAUCAAGGUCCGCAAUGUGGAGGUCGGUCCUGGGAGCUUCGACAAGAUCAAGCUCAUUGGAAAGGGAGAUGUGGGCAAGGUAUAUCUGGUUCGAGAGAAGAAGUCGAGUCGGCUGUAUGCCAUGAAAGUUCUGAGCAAGAAGGAGAUGAUUAAGCGUAACAAGAUCAAGCGUGCGUUGGCAGAGCAGGAAAUCUUGGCUACCAGCAACCAUCCCUUUAUCGUGACGCUGUAUCACUCGUUCCAAUCGGAAGACUAUCUUUAUCUCUGUAUGGAAUAUUGCAGUGGUGGUGAAUUCUUCAGAGCCCUACAAACACGCCCGGGAAAAUGCAUCCCAGAGGACGACGCUCGAUUCUAUGCGGCAGAGGUAACGGCAGCUCUGGAGUAUCUCCACCUGAUGGGCUUCAUCUACCGUGACCUAAAACCGGAAAACAUCCUGCUUCACCAGUCUGGGCAUAUCAUGUUGUCUGACUUCGAUUUGUCCAAACAAUCUGGUCCUGGCGGUGCCCCUACCAUGAUCCUCGGACGCAACGGGACUUCGUCGACCUCUCUACCCACCAUCGACACCAAGUCGUGCAUUGCUGAUUUCCGCACUAACUCCUUCGUGGGCACGGAGGAAUAUAUCGCUCCAGAAGUCAUCAAGGGAUGUGGCCACACCAGUGCGGUAGACUGGUGGACCCUGGGAAUCUUGAUCUACGAGAUGCUCUACGGGACUACGCCAUUCAAGGGGAAGAACCGCAACGCUACUUUUGCAAAUAUCCUGCGGGACGAGGUUCCCUUCCCCGAACACUCGGGGGCACAGCAGAUCUCAAAUCUCUGCAAGUCUUUGAUCCGUAAACUUCUCAUCAAAGAUGAGACGAAGCGACUGGGUGCCCGUGCAGGUGCCUCAGAUGUCAAGACACACCCCUUCUUCCGACAGACCCAGUGGGCUCUGAUCCGUCAUAUGAAGCCGCCAAUGAUCCCGCAUCAAGGCCGUGGGAUCGACACGAGCAACUUCCGCAACAUGAAAGAAAGCGCAAGUGUCGAUAUUGGCGGAAACAGCCCGAGCAAGAUGAAGGGCGUCCCGAUGGACUCUGGACUUUCUACUCCUGGUGGAGAGAUCGCGGAUCCGUUUGAGGAAUUCAACAGUGUGACAUUGCACCAUGAUGGUGAUGAGUGA